AUGGGAGCAGAUUCAGAAACCGGCAGUGGCAUGUCGUUGAGAGUUGUCGUGUUGGGGAGGGGUGCGAGAUUUCUGUCAAUACUUCCCUCGUCGAGGCUUGCCACCGGGUCAGUAGCCAUUGCUGGAAGGUCAUACUGGUUGGCAGGGUCAGUCGCUACGUUGGUUGUGGUAGCCGCUUCGGCUGGCAGAGUCGACUCGGCUGGCGAGGUUACCUCGGCUGGCGGAGUCGACUCGGCUGGCGAGGUUACCUCAGCUGGCGGAAGAGYAGCCGCUGUUGGGAAAUUCGUCCCGGCCGGCGCAAAAGCAGAGUCAUUUGUGGGAGGUGUAGGUGCUUGCUGA